AUGACUCUAUUUCGUCAUACAAUCAACAAACCUCUUCGCUCCAUGUACUAUAAACCCAGCAAACCCUUAUCUUUAAAGUCUACCCCACCAACCUACCCACUAGAAGAAGAACGCAACCCACAUUACAACCCUCAGAAAUACUAUCCCGCCCGAAUCGGAGAGACCAUCGGGAACAGAUACCGUAUCAUCUCCAAACUAGGAUGGGGUGCUAAUUCCACCGCGUGGUUAGCGAAGGAUAUAUCUCGCUGGCCCUGGCAACCGACCAAAUACGUAACAUUGAAGAUCACGAACUGCGGUGAAGGGGAGAGAAAAGCCGCGGAGGAUGAGCUAGAGUUAUCGCAGCAUAUUUCCGGACUGCGGUCUGAGCAUGAAGGUUGUGGGUAUGUUAGACUUGUUGAAGAUUCGUUUGAAGUACAAGGUAUCCUUGGAGAUCAUCUGUGCUUGGUCUUCGAGCCUUUAAGAGAGCCGCUUUGGGUUCUAGGACGACAUCUCGGAAGUACGAACGGGGUGCCUCCGCAGGUUCUGAAAGCUUUCUUGAGGGUUAUACUGACUGAUCUCAAAGCCGACAACUUCCUCAUCGGAUUCGAAGAUGUCACUAUUCUUGAUCAAUAUGCCCAUCAGCAGGAAGCUCAUCCCGCUCCGCAUGUACUCCGAAACGGACGUCCUAUAUACGAAUCUAGGAACGACUUCGGGCCACUGAAGAGAGGAGUAGGCUUGCUGAGGAUUUCCGACUUCAGUGCUGCCGUUUUCGGGGAUGUAUCGACUCCGCAUAACCAUGACAUUCAGCCUCAGCCAUUCUCUGCCCCUGAGGUUCUGUUGAAGGCUGGGUGGUCGUAUAGUGCUGAUAUUUGGAAUUUGGGGACUGUGCUUUGGGAACUGCUCGCUGAUGAGACGCUUUUUGAUGGGUUAUGUGAACAUCGAAGGGAAUAUUCCAGGGAGAGGCACAUCGCUCAGAUGAUUAGGCUGUUGGGGCUUCCUCCCUCGCGGUUUUUGGAUAAAUGUGAUCCGUGUAUACGGGAUGGCUUGUUCUCGGGUCAGGGGACGUUCAAGUUCCCUGAGUUGAUUCCGUCGGAGGAAUUCAAUUUCUCGAAUAUGACGCCCUUUCUAUGUGGAGAGGAUAAACGCUUGUUUAUUGAAUUCGUUCGUAGGAUGCUCCAGUGGGAACCGGAGAAUCGGUCGAGUGCAAAGGAGCUCUAUAAUGACCCUUGGCUUUGUUAUGAACUUUAG